CAUUCGCCUUGGUCCAGUCCUUUUCGGCCUCAACAGCUCGGGUCCCUGUUAUACCGCUUGUUGCACGCGAAAAGACCACCCACGCAGGGCCACACCGCCGCCCACACCUCGACAGACAGACAGACAGCCGCCGCCCACGCGCCGCGCCGCCGCCUGGAGCCACCCCUCCUCGCUCCUCUGUUUUCCUUCAAUCCCCCCCCCCCCCUCUCCGUGUCCACUUCCCCCGCGGGCCGACCGACUCACACAGCUUGCUCGACCUUUUUUCUUCCUCUGCCAAAACCGUUUACCACCCCCCACCGCCUGGCCGCGUUUUCGACUCCGCCUUUGGACAGCCUGCCUACCCAAGUACCUACACACACGUGCGUGCGCCGUCUUGGGGUGUCUGUCCCUCCUUUGCAAAAACCAACAAAACACCACGCACACACACGCACCAGAAGGGGUCGCCGCAUGACAAGACGCUCCGCGACCCGCAAUCAUGUCGAGCUCAGAGAUUAAUCAGGUGCUCGCCAACUCGCUGUCUCCGGACGCGAACCUGCGAAAUGCCGCCGAACAGCAACUCCACCAAGCCUCCGAGAGCAAUUUCCCCCUUUACCUCGCGACUCUCGUCCAAGAACUAGCCAACGAGCAAGCGGAGAGCUCUAUCCGGGCCGCCGCCGGUAUCGCCCUCAAGAACGCGUUCACAGCCAGAGAUUUCACCCGCCAUCAAGAAUUGCAAGCGAAAUGGCUGCAACAAACGGACGACGAUACCAAGAGGCGCGUCAAGGAGCUGACGCUGCAGACGCUCUCCUCGUCGAGCGCCCAAGCCGGUGCCGCCGCCGCCCAGGUCGUCUCAUCCAUCGCCGCCAUCGAACUGCCCCGCAAUCAGUGGAAUGACUUGAUGCCCUUCCUCGUCAAGAAUGUCAGCGAAGGUGCCGACCACCAGAAGCAGGCGUCUCUUACCACUAUUGGCUACAUCUGCGAGAGCCAGGACUCGGAGCUGCGUCUUGCCCUCGUGGCUCACUCCAACGCCAUCCUCACGGCUGUUGUGCAGGGUGCUCGCAAGGAAGAGACCAACCCCGAGGUCCGCCUUGCCGCCGUCACGGCUCUUGGCGACUCUCUUGAGUUUGUCGCCAACAACUUCAAGCACGAGGGCGAACGAAACUACAUUAUGCAGGUCGUCUGCGAGGCUACUCAAGCCGACGAUUCCCGCAUUCAACAGGGCGCCUUUGGCUGCCUCAACCGCAUCAUGAAUCUUUACUACGAUAAUAUGCGCUAUUACAUGGAGAAGGCUCUGUUUGGCCUCACCAUUCUUGGCAUGAAGUCGGACGACGAGGAUGUGGCCAAGCUCGCCGUCGAGUUUUGGAGCACCGUCUGUGAAGAGGAGCUCUCCAUCGAGGACGAUAACUCGCAGGUCGAGAGCGCUGAUCAAAUGCGCCCUUUCUUCAACUUUGCCCGCGUCGCCGCCAACGAAGUCAUCCCCGUUCUUCUGAUGCUGCUCACGAAGCAGGACGAGGACGCCACUGACGACGAGUACAACCUGUCCCGCGCGGCCUACCAGUGCCUGCAGCUGUAUUCCCAGGCCGUUGGCGCCAGCAUCAUCGCGCCUGUGCUCCAGUUUGUCGAGGCCAACUUGCGUCAUGAGGACUGGCACAACCGAGACGCCGCCGUCUCGGCCUUCGGCGCCAUUAUGGAGGGUCCUGACGAGAAGGUCUUGGACCCCAUCGUCAAGCAGGCUCUUCCUAUCCUGAUCUCUAUGAUGGACGAUCAGUCACUCCAGGUCAAGGACUCGACCGCCUAUGCCCUCGGCCGCGUUACCGAGGCCUGCUCUGAGGCCAUCGACCCCAACCAGCAUCUCCCUACCCUGAUCGAGUCUCUCUUCAAGGGCCUCCUGAGCAACGCAAAGAUGGCUCCCUCGUGCUGCUGGGCACUGAUGAACCUUGCUGAGCGCUUCGCUGGUGACGUCACCUCCGCGGCGAACCCCAUCACGCCUCACUUUAACCAGGCCGUCACCUCCCUACUCGACGUCACUGGCCGAACGGAGGUCGAUGCCUCCGUCCGGACGGCUGCCUACGAGGUUCUCAAUGUCUUUGUUCAGAAUGCCGCCACCGAGAGUCUUCAGGCGGUUGCCUCGCUGUCCGAGCUCAUCCUCAAGCGACUGGAGGACACUGUGCCGCUGCAAUCCCAAGUCGUCAGUGUUGAGGACAAGAUUACUCUGGAGGAGAUGCAAAACAGUCUGUGCACCGUCCUGCAGGCCAUCAUCUUGCGUCUUGACAAAGAAAUCGCCCCUCAGGGAGACCGCAUCAUGCAAAUCCUCCUGCAGAUACUCAGCACCGUGGGUGGAAAGUCGAGCGUUCCCGAGGCAGUCUUUGCCACGAUCAGCGCGCUGUCCACGUCGAUGGAAGAGGACUUCAUCAAGUACAUGGAUGCCUUCUCGCCGUUCCUGAACAACGCCCUUAGCAACCAGGAGGAACCCAGCCUCUGCUCCAUGGCUAUUGGCCUCGUGAGCGACAUCACUCGCUCCAUGGGCGAGCGCAGCCAGCCGUACUGCGACAACUUCAUGAACCACCUGCUCAACAACUUGCGGAGCCCGACGCUUUCCAACCAGUUCAAGCCUGCCAUUCUGCAGUGCUUUGGUGACAUUGCUGGCGCCAUCGCGGGUCACUUCGAGACAUACCUGUCUGUCGUGGCUCAGGUUCUGGAGCAGGCGUCCACAGUGUCCGCCGCUCCCGAGGGCCCGUAUGAGAUGUUCGACUACGUCAUCUCACUGCGAGAGGGCAUCAUGGAUGCUUGGGGUGGUAUCAUUGGUGCCAUGAAGGCCAGCGGGAAGACGCAAGUCCUCCAGCCUUAUGUUUCGACCAUUUUCAACCUCCUUAGCAGCAUUGCCAACGACAUGAACCGCAGCGAGGCCCUUAUGCGCGCAUGCAUGGGCGUCAUUGGUGACUUGGCUGAUGCCUAUCCCAAUGGGGAGCUCGUCGACGCCUUUCGCCAGGAUUGGCUCACUGCCAUGAUCAAGGAGACCAAGACGAACCGCGAGUUCCAGUCUCGGACGAUUGAGACGGCCCGAUGGGCUCGUGAGCAGGUUAAGCGCCAGGUCGGCGGCGCACAGGCCGUCAUGGCUCAGACCUGACCCUGAUCACGACUCACUCGCAAAGUCAUGAGCUCCGAUAGCCACGUCCAGCCUGCAGCCCGUCCUCCGGUUCCCUAUGGCGAUCCUUACUGAACGCCAAAUACCCCCUCGCACGACACCGCACCAACAACGAUCCUCACGACGCUUCCACGUGUAUAUAGCCCCCCCACGACACUACAGUAAAUCCAAAUACCCCCUCCACCCAUGAGCAUUACAUUCGCCCCCCUGCGUAACGUGUGUUUCUCCCCCUCCCCACACAUCCACCCCCUCAUUGCACCCAUUUUCCUCUUUCGAGUCUACACGGUGGAAUAGAGAAGUCAUGUAAUGCCCCGCGCCCGAAUUUCCAAGAAAGAAGCGGUGGCGACACAAAAGUCAUGUAGAGAGGAUUGGGAGUACAGGCAUUUUACCCGCGUUGCUUGCCUUUUCGUUACUUGGUCUUUCGUGUCUAUCUUGGAUGCCCUUCAAGUGAACGGGCUAUGAUUUUUCAAGACAGGCGCGCGGCGGGUUUCAAGGUUGUUGGGCUGGCUUUUUCAAACAGAAGUGGCUGAGACCUCACAAGGAGCGUGUCGGGGAACCGGGAUACAAGGACGCCGGCGAGAAGAUUGAUGCAUAGGGUGAACUCCCGUCCACGCAUUAGUCUCGAGAUGUUAUACGUAGAGUAUCGACGAAUACAGUUGAGGCUCUUACCCAGCGUGCUUUGUGCCUUGUUGUUGAAUGUCUGUCUUUG